UCCGCUCGCAUUGAUCCUUUGUGCGGUGGGCGGCCUGACAACUCUCCGCGCCCGCUCCACGCGUGUAAAUGCAUCGUGUUUUCUCACGGGCUUUUGUGUCUGCCCGUCACUUUCCACCUCCUCGGACCUCGUGCAUUGCUGCACCCCGGCCAAUUUGGGUUCCUUCUCCCACUUUGGUUGAACUCAAGCCUUGCCUUGCGUUAAAGUGGCUGCUUUUCAACUCAUCUGGAGAAUUAACCUUGUAGAAUGUGUACAGGGCAAAGGUGUCUGAAGACCAUCAUACUCAGUGGGUUCUGUCAUGCAACCCAGGUUACUCACAAACCCCACACUAGACUCCCAAAGCAUUUCAUUCCAAGCAAUCAGGAAGAAAUUGCCAGUUGGAUGGAGGGAGAGACCCAAGGGUCUGCUCAGGGAAAUGCAAUGUCCCCCACUUAGCAGAAACCCUGGCUCAAAGUGGACGUGGCAUUCCAGGAUGGUAUCGAGGACUUUGAGUCCAUGCAUCAGGAGUUCAGAGCAGCCCUGCACGAAUGGCAGAAGCAGCAUACCCUCGCAUCCAUGUCUCUUGUCAGGCACCUCAUGUCCCAUCUGUGGAUGAGUCUGCAGUUCUCAUGUAAAACACACCAGAACCCGCAAAACCAGAGUGGAAACAAGUUUUCCUCAAGGGACUGAUUCAGGUGAUUAAAUAUGGACCUGCUAAGGCAAGAAAUAUCUGAAUUGUGCAUUGCUCAUCCUGAAGGCUUUCCACUGAGUCAGCUCUCCAGUCUUUACCUGCAGAUGUAUGAGAGACCAUUACAACUGUCGGAUUAUGGGCUUCAGUCUUUAACAAGCAUGCUGGAACACAUGAAGGAUAUGACCAACCUGCAUCGUGAUGGACAAAACUUAAUUAUUAGUCCAGCAGAUAGAACAAAAUUAGCAAACUAUGGCUGUCCACCCAUCAGUGCAACAGAAAAUAUGUCCUUGGGGAACCAACCUGAAAUCCAAAUGCAGACUCCAGUACUCCAUCUGGAUGAUAAGAGGGAGCUUUUGAAGAUUGAGCUGCAAAGGCUCGUCAUGUUUUACCCUGAAGGUGUCAGUUUAAGGAAGCUAGCCAGGAAAUAUAGAAAGAAAUACCAGAAGGAAUUGAAAACAUUAGACUAUGGAUUCCAGUCGGUAGAAGAUAUGGUGAAAUCGAUGUGUGAUGUUCUGUACAUUAUACCCAGUAAAAAUGGAUUAAAUGUAAUAAUGAGGCAGGAUACAAUGACAAACACUGCAAAAGCAAGUUUGCAGAUUCCAGUUACCUCUUUUGGUUUAUCUGAAACUCGGUCUUUAGAUGCUUUCAGUUCAGAACUUCCACCCUCUCUGCUGCAACCUCUGGAUCCAGAAUCUUCAUCAGAUGAUCAGAAGGAGCUUUUGAAGAUUGAGCUGCAAAGGCUCGUCAUGUGUUACUCUCAAGGCAUCAGUUUAAAGAAGCUAACCAGUAUAUAUAGAAAUAUAUACUGGAAGGAGUUGAAACCAUUAGACUACGGAUUUCAGUCGGUAGAAGACAUGGUAGAAUCAAUGUGUGAUGUUCUGUACGUGACACCUAGUGCAAAAGGCUUAAAUGUUAAAGCUAGAAAGAUUACAAAGGCAAACAUGGCAAAAGCAAGUUUGCAGAUUCCAGUUACCUCUUUUGGUUUAUCUGAAACUCAGUCUUUGAAUGAUUUCAGUUCAGAGCUUCCAGCCUGUCUGUUGCAGCCUCCAGGUCCAAGUUCUUCAUCAGGUGACAAGUUAUCAAAGGUUCGUGAAGAAAUUUUAAACAUGCUUAAAAAUAACAUCAGUGGUAUUCCAGUGCGGAAACUAGUGUCGGCAUACAAGACGUUUUAUGACCGACCCAUCCAACUGAAGAUGUAUGGAUUGAAAUCUGUUGAGGAACUGCUUCACAUUAUGAAGAAUGAGGUGUAUGUUCAACCUACAGGAAUGAAGCGCCGUGUUUUUGAAACUGAGCUUCUAGCAGUUCAACUGAUGGAGAAACUGCGAAGUCAGAUAUUGGAACUCUUUGUGACUGAGCCUGAUGGUAUUCUUGAAACAAAACUAUCUGAAUACUACUGGAAGAAAUAUCGGCGGAAUUUAAAGACAAGCUCUUAUGGAUUUAACGGCAUAAAGGAACUGAUCGAGUCCAUGGAUGAUGUACUAGAUGUAGUCCAUGUGCCAGGAUUAGGCAACAUAGUCAAACUAAGGGCCCAACGAGAUGAACAGAACAAAAUUAAAGUCGGAUUGUCAGCUUUUGUGCCGGGUGCAGGUGUAAAAAGUGCGGAGACUCCAAUCAAAAGCUUCCCAAGUCCUCAGCUGCAAGUUCCUGCAGCAAAUCCAAAAGUGCAGCCAAUUGAUCAUCAAAAUAUUGAUGGAUCAGUAGCAGCAGGCCAAAGUUCAGCUUUCCCGGCAUUCUCAUCAACGGCUUCAGAAGACUUUCCUGAAUUGGACACAAAAUUGACAAAACUAAAACUGAGAAAGCUGAAGGAGGAGGAACUGAAGAAGAAAAGGUCAAAGCAUCGAUAUCCCCAAAAUUAUUAUAUGCAAGUAAGGGAGGAACUUAACUCUCUCAUGCAGGAGGUGGAGACAUUGGCUUCUGAUAACCUAGUUCGCCAAGGAAAUAGGCUUGUCGAUUUGGAACAUGCAAACCAACGAGCUGAAGAGUUUAUUCGUGCCCUGGCUGCUGAAGGAGAGCAUGUCACUGAAGAUAAGGUUUUGAAUAGAGUUUGCAGAUAUUUCAGGGUACAGAAUAUAAAAAGCCUUGGCAUCUGGCCUCCUAUUAAACUCCCUGCAAUUCGAGAACUUCGACAAACACAGCGAGAAAUCAGCACUUUUAUUGAGGCUUUUGAGAGUGUCAGAUGCAUCUGCACUCUUUAUGAGCUGAACCAGUGCUUGGCAGCACUGAAGAACAAGCAAAACUUCGAAGAACUGAACCUUGGGCCUUUAUGCAAGCAACCUCUUGUGCACAGGAUGUUCAAAGUGCCUCAAUCACUGAAGGAUGAAGAUAUAUUUGAAAUUGAGACAGUGGAUAUUUUACAGAGCCUUAAUGCAUAUAAAAGAUCUCUCAGAGCAGUUAAAAUAGAUUUGGCUGAAUUUAUAAAAUACCUAGCAGAUCAGUUUCACUGUGAUUCGCCGUACGACCUUGGAAUCAGAAUUACCAGCAUCGGUCUUCCAAUAUCAACAUUGUCAAAAGCCGCAAACAGUGAACGUGGUGCUUUGGAAACUGCAAAAAAUCGUAUUCAGAGAGAAAUAGAGGAGGAAGUGCAAAAUCGGAUGAACAAAAUUAAGAAGAAUCUGCUUGACCCUGCUAGUGGACCACAGCUGUAUUCUACCAGUGGGUGCCUAGAUCUCCGUAAACAAUAUGCCUCAAACACAGCAGCAGAGGCUGUUCUUCAGGUUUUCAUCAAUGCAAAGGAAGUUUUCAGUGAAAAAAUGGCUAAGUAUAUUCAGGAAUUCCUGGUGAAGGUGGGUGAUAAUCGUUUGGCCCGAUCACUCUUUCAACUGGCCAUUUGCUGUGGUUCACUGGAAGUUCCUCAGGAUUUGGUGGCUAAAGAGAAAACAAGUAAGCCGACUGUGAAUGGAACAGGGGACAAAGAAGCUCCACUUCCUUGUGAAGGAUCUGUAAGAGAAUAUUUGCAGAAGAAUCUCUCCUCUGUCACUGGACAUUUGACCCUAGUGUCUUUAUCUAGGCUGGAGAAAAAGUUGAUUGAGCAAUUCAAGUUGAAGGGCUUUGUUGCCAUGGGACACGGCACUUUCCUGGAAUAUCUGGUGAAACACUCUCAGCUACUGGAAGAAGCUGCUGGGGGCAGUCUGCUUUUACAACCGCAAGGUGCUGGAAAUUGUGGAUUCCGACCAAGCCAUCAGGAUGUGUAUGAGUUCAUCAGGCAAUGUGAAACCCUUGAGGAGUCCAUGUUUCCGGCAAUUGAAGCUGCUUUAAGAAGCCAGUUCAGGGUGAAGGACAGCAAGGAACUUGGACACGGGACAUUGUCCAAUAUGAUUAAAAUGGUGCAGCGUCAGGUCAAGUCACACAGUGGCUAUAAUAGCUUCCAAAGUUUGGUGCUGUAUGAAGCCACUUUCUUUGUUAAAGAAGCCAGUUACUGCAACACUGAAGCAAAUAAUUCUGUGGGGCUGCUUGGGGACCUGAGUAAGGAGUAUGCCUUGACAUGUCUGUUGAAUACCCCCCUGCUGGAGGAUCUCGCUGAAUGGUCACAGUGGGAGCUAGUAUUUGAACCACAGCAUGGUUCACUGAAGGGCUUCAUCGAAAGAUACUGUGGUGAAAAAGCAACUCAGCUUAGUGUAGAAGGUUCAGCCGUGCUGAAUGACUUGAUUGCCAUAGAAGUAAAGCCAGGUGUACUGCUGAGACUCACCACAGAUACAAGCCCUGAACUCUUUGCUCAAGCUGCAAGGUCACAUGACCCCAUAGGGACAGCAGGGCAUUUGGUUUCCAUUGUAACUGCAGAUGGAUUAAGGAAUGCUCCCUUGGCUUUACUGGCUAAUCAUGUGGAAUCUGCUUUGGCAAUUUUGGGAAGUUUAGAAGGUAACUACUUGGAGUCUGAAAGACCAUCGUCAGAUCAAGCCGCCAAAUUUAUUAUUGAUUGUCUUAUCAGGAUUCCAAUCAGACUCUGCAAAUCACUUUUCCAGAAGGUUUUCCUAGAACCAUUUUCCAGAGUAGUCGGGCAAUCUGAAUCUAAGCAACUCCUGCUUGAAACAGCAAAACGUUCUUUCCGGAAUCUAAACCGACUGCAUGAACUGGGAAUUCUUCUGGGGAUCACAGAAUGGAUGAGAGACUAUCAUUUAAAAUUGGAUUCUGCUAAACUUAUGUCUGUUGCAUCAAAAACCUUAAAGACUGCAGAUUCUGCAUCGCUGAGUAGUAGGUCUUCAUUUGUGGGCCUGAGUGAUGAAGAAGAUGCCAAUAUAGCUGUGCCUGAAUCGGAGAUUGAUAUAGAAUCCGAAAGCACCUAUGCCAGUUCAGUGGCUGAAGACGAUGAUGGUGAGAAAUUUGUCCUUGCCGACGAAGCAAAUGACUUGCCAAUAUCUGAUGAGAAAUCAUCUGAGCUCACGGAUAACGCUACUAUUUUAAAUGGUUCUCCAUCCGAUCCAACUGAUCUCACAAAUAGUGAAGAGUGCUCACCUGAUGCAACUGGUGAGGAGGACAACCUGUACAAGUCAAUCAUUGAGGACAUCAGAAAAAAUGAAUUUGGUAUUGGAGUUGAACUGACUGAUGAGGGGAAGAGGCUAAUGCAAGUUCACCAGAACCGAUUAGGCCGAAGCCUUUCGCGCUUAUCUACAGAGUUGUACAGUAAAGACACUCAUUUUGUCUUGGAACUAAUACAGAAUGCUGAUGAUAACAGCUACCCACCAUUUGACGACGAUACAACUCCUAGCCUGCUGUUCAUGGUGGAAAGAGACUGCAUCAUUCUCCUCAAUAAUGAGUGUGGUUUUGAGGAGAAGAAUAUCCGAGCAAUCUGUGACGUUGGCUGCAGCACCAAGGGGAAGCACAAAUAUGGCUACAUAGGUCAGAAAGGUAUUGGAUUUAAGUCAGUUUUCAAAGUUACGGACACCCCCGAAAUUCACUCCAAUGGUUUCCACAUCUGCUUCGACAAGCUCAGUGGUCCAAUGGGGUACAUCCUUCCUCACUGGAUCGAUGAUAAAAAGGCUGUCAAUUUAAAAGGAUCAGAUGCAGAGAAGACAAGAUGGACAACAAAGAUUGUUCUUCCACUCAAGCCACAGAACCAACAAAUGCAAAAUCUCUUCCAUGACAUUGACCCAUCGUUGCUGUUGUUCCUGCACAGACUUCGUUCCAUUACAAUCAUCAACAAGGUAAAAGGCCAGGACUUCUUAGUAACUCGGAAAGAUCUCGGUAAUGACAUCUUAGAAGUGAAACACAAUUCUGGAGCUGACCACUGGCUGGUAGUCAAGAGUACUCUUGAUGCAAGAAAGAUUAAAGAUAAUGUGGAAUGCACUGAGCUGGCUCUCGCCUUUAAACUUGAUACUGAAAAGAGGAACCAGGGAUCAAGGAGCCAACCUGAGAAGCAGCCUGUGUUUGCCUUUCUACCAUUGAGGAGCUUUGGUUUCCGCUUCAUAAUACAAGGUGAUUUUGAUAUACCAUCUUCCCGUGAAGAUAUUGAUCGUGACAGCCCCUGGAACCAAUGGCUUCGUUCUGAAAUCCCACAGCUGUUUCUGAAAGCAAUGGAAACAUUCAAUAGCCACCCCAGUUUUGAAGGUCUGGAAGGUCUGUGCCAUUUUUUGCCAUUCAUUCCAUUACCUGAUGAGAUCUUGGAUUUCUUCCGACCUGUUGCUGGGCAAAUUAUUCAGAUCCUUAAAGCAAAAUCCUGCUUGCCAACAACAGAAGAUAAAGCUGGCAGGAUUGAAUACAGAUUACCCUCCCAGAUCGCUGUAACACAUGAUAUCUUGGUACAAGAGGUGAUCACCCCAGAGCUGCUAGAAAAACACCUGAACCUGGCUUACCUAAACCCAGUGCUUCAGUCUGCUCUUAGUCCUGCCCUAGUUUCUGCACUUGGUAUUCACAAACUCAGCAGCACCGAUAUUAUUGCAGUCACCAAAGCCAUUGCCAAGGAGUUUGCAGAGACGAACUCUGUAUUCAACGAUGAUAAGAUGAAGAAGAUUGCAAAAUUACUGGUCUGUAUUUACCGAAGCCUUGAGCAAGAGUACGGGAAUGUGGAUCAAUUCCUUGAAGAUCUAAAAUCGGUUCCAAUCAUCCCUGUUGCUGAUGGAAGCAUGGCAUCACAGAAAGAUCAAGCCAUAUUUUUCCCCCUUUACGAUAAAGAGAAUGAGCAGUUUGCAAGGCCAAUUCCAGGUUUGCAGAAUCUCUAUCUGGAUCUAAAGACUAUUCACCCCAGUGUGCUUACUUGCCUUGACAAUCUGGGUAACUCUCAAGUUCGCAAACUUCUUGAAAAGAUGGAUGUUCAUUACCUUAAACCAGACAAAGUCACGUAUGAGCACAUCCUACCCAUUUUAAAGGAGCAAAGAUGGAAGAGCAAGCCUCAAGGUGUUGUAAUCAGCUACAGUGUCUUUCUCAAAAUGUACUGCCAGGAAAAUGAGCUGCAGCAGUUCAGACCAUACAUUCCCGUCCUCACCAACAUAGGCUUCACCUGCUCAUUGCAAGUUAAUGUCAACUUUACACGUGACUACAAGAAUGCUAUCGAUUUACCCGUGGAUCUUCCAGGUGUAGACUGGGUGCUGUUAGACUCCUGUUAUCUGAGGACAGACAACGAUUUGGAAGGAUGGAGAACAUUUUUCAGUUCACUCGGAGUGCAGGAUUCAUUUAUUUUUCAAAAGAAAAAAUGUACUUUCACAAAACAAGAGCUGGCCUCCAGCCCCUGGGCACCUGUCUAUGAAUGUUGGCCCAAAACGGCAGAUGAUAUGUAUGUUGUGGAAGAUCACGUCUGUGAGGAGCUUCAUGGACUCUUAACUACAGUGGACUUGUCUGAAACGUUAAAACUGAAACAGAGAAUUAACCUACUCAGACUUCUUGAUAGAAAUUGGGAACCUGGAUCUAGAUUAUCUCAGUACUGCUCAGCUAAAGUCUUCAACAGCCAGGAUAUAGUGCUAAGGAAUGAUGUAGAUUCUUCAUUUGCAAUUUACCUGAAAACCUUACCAUGGUUGCCCACUAAUAGUCCUGCCGUGGAUGGCUCUGGAUUCCGCAUAGCCUACCUGCGCCCUAUUGAAGUAUACCUGAGAUCAGAAAAUUUACUGGAGCUCUUGGCUAACAAUGUGAGCUAUGUAUAUUGUGAUCUACUUGAGAAGAGCGGGUUUGCUGCUUUCACUGGUAUUAAAACCUCCAUAACUGUCGAGAUGAUGAUCAACCACUUUAAAUCGUGGUGUAUGAAAAGUCCUCCAAGUGAAUCUGGUGAACUGGUGGGUGCAGAAUUUCACACAAGUGCAGACCAUAUUUACACGGUUUAUGCCUACUUGGGUAGAAACUGCAGUCGAAGUCAACUAAAAGAGCUGUUUGAACGCUACCCAGCUGUGUUUGUGCCAAGCAGUGAAUCAAUUGGUACAGGAAAAUUCUACCAUCUGAAAGAUGUGUGUUGGAAUGAUCCAACUAAAAUUUUCCAGCGAUAUAAAUGUAAAAUCCAAGAAGCAAAUGAGUCAUUCCAGGAACCGCAUCUGCUUGCUCCAUUCUAUGGUAAAAGGGAAGACAUGAAGGAUCUAUUUCAAAAGAGUCUGAAUAUAGAGAAAAUACCAUCUAUGAAGCACUAUGUAAACCUGCUCGUGAUGAUAUGUGAUACAGUAUCUUUACCCAACAACCCUGUCCUGCAGGAUGUGUCUGUGAUUUAUGCAAUUCUUGCUGAGAAAUGCAAGAAUUAUAAUGACUAUGAUGAUUCCUGGGAACUAGCAAAGAGCUAUUGCCAAACACUGAAAGGAAUGAUAAAAGAUGAGAGGAUAUUUCCUGCCAAGGAUAAUCGCUGGGUCUCCCUGGCAAGCUCCCCUAUCGUACCAGAUAAUAAGCACCUGGAACGGAUAUUUAAAGCACACUCUCUGUGCUUGCUGACUGUACCUGCUGCAGAGCGGAAUCGUUCACACACCAAGAACAGCAGCAAACAAGAGAUUCGAUUUAAUGAGGAAGAUCGCAAUUUAUUUUUUGAAAUCUGUGGUGUGGAUCAACUUUCCAAUUGUGUCACUGUAGAAGCUCAGACUGAAGAUUUCAGACCCUGUCCUCGUGUCCAAAACUUUGUCCGUUCUAUAACCCCAUUCAUCCAGAGAUGGUUUUAUCACCACAGCGACUUUAAUAGUGUAUAUAAAGAACUACAAGACAGUAAUAUUGCUGCAGCUCUCAAAUCCAUGGCCUUCUACCAGGUUGGUAAGCUGUAUCUCUAUUAUCAACUGACUUUGCCUAAUGCUUCCCCUGUGUUUGAGAAAGAGGAUAUUGUCUGUCACUUGAAGAAUAAGAAAACUUUCUAUAUUCAAAAAGAUCACAUCACUUCAUUUAUUGACAUCUGCAGAGAGCUUGUAAAAUUGUUUAGUCUUGACAACAAGGAGCUGGAAAAAGAACUAGAACGCUUCCUACAGAGUCUCAUCUCUUGCUUUGAGGAUACAAAUACACUUGAAAGGUUUUUAAAGAAAGAAGAUGUCUCUGAAUUGCCCAAAGAUGAAGAGAAUUGGGAGGUACCUUUGGCCACCGAGAUAAAAGCAGAGCCACGAUUUGCAGAUAAAGUGGUUACUCAAAUGCAAGUGCAAAGUACAAUCAGUACAGACAACCAGAAAAACAAGGACAACAGUGCUGAUGGAGAGCGGACAUUGGCAAGCUGGCCUCCCAAGUCAUCCCUUCAUGCUUUUCCUGACGCAGCGCCCAACAAAGCAGUAGAAGCUGUCUUGAGAAUGUGGCCGCCUCCAGCACCCCCCUCUGACACUGUCGAUAAGGUGCCUUCUGGUAGCUACCAGCACCCUCCGGGUCAUCAACUUGCUGCUUCACAGAUGGAUGGCCAAACUAAUAUCCCAACCACUGCAAGUCCAAGGCCCAGUGCAGAUCAAACCCAGCGUCUGGAACGACAGAACAGUCAGAACCACCCUUCACCCACAGUACAUGUUGAUCCACCAGCAACCUCAGAGAAAGAGGUGAAUUCUGUUCAGACCGACCCAGCCUGCCUGCAGCCCACUGAAAGCAAAACACCUGAUCGUCCACCUGCUACUAACAAUAACCAUUCAAGCGAGGAAUCAUCGUUGCCAGUAUCAGUAGCCAACAGUAACCACUUCAAUGGAGCUGCCACCAGUACUUUCCGAACAGCCCUGCCCCUCGACGCUCCGGUUUGGACCAAGGAGCAGCCACACGAGGAGGCGCUGGAGGAGCUUCUGAUACAUGGGAUGGUGGAAAAGCCAGAGGCAGUCAUCUUCAACGAGGACAAGGUGGACAACACGGCCAUUGGAGAAUGGGGGGAGCGUCUGGUUCACGGCUUCUUGAUGCACUGGAAGGAGAGCGACAGUAAGCUGAGGCCAAGUGCUGUGGAUUGGGUAAAUGAGAAGGGUGAGAGUGGACUGCCCUAUGACUUCAGGGUGGUCUUCACAUCAGUGUGCCAGGAACAGGUGGACACCUUCAUAGAAGUUAAAUCCACCGUCAAAGCUGAGAAGAACUUUAUACAGCUCUCAGCCCAAGAAGUGGACCUGGCCCUGCAAGCCAAAGAUCACUACCACCUGUACCGUGUCUACAGAGCAGGAGACUCGCAGAACGUUAAGCUGUGUCGAAUUAAAAACCUGGCACAGUGCCUGCAUGCAAAGCAGUUGGAGUUGUUCCUGUAUGUGUAAGUUCUGUAGUGAUUUUGGGGAAAUAUUCAUUCCACUGAAAAUGUUUUUAUUGAUUUUUAUGUAUUUUAGGUAAACAUGUGUAGUGACGAGUAGGAUUAAGAAAAAUUGCACUAAUGGUAGAAAUGUGACAGAUCAAGUUGGUAUGAUAUUUUCUGAACUUUUAUUUCGAGGAAAAAAAUGUUUAAUGUUUGUGGGAAGUAUUGUACAAUUUUACCUUUUUAAACCUAAUUUUUUGACAACUGCAUGAUAUAACUAUAAUGAUUGCAAUAAAUAUAAUGAAUUACA